GUUAAGCAACUACAGUCUCUCUCUCUUCCAUGUCCUAAACCCAUGUCUCAAUGCACAUUCUCUUCUGAAAACUCAGUUUCCUCUUUCGAUCCCUCCUUUAAAUAUCCGCUCUCUACCUUCAGUACUCAUACAUGCAUUGAUCAUUUACACAUGAAGAGGGAGAGAAAGAAACAGAAAGUGGAGGCAGAGGAGGAGGGGGAGAGGAAAAUGGAGGUGGUGGUGGUGUUGGAGCAAGUGGAUGCAUUGGCUGCUGCAGCAACGGUGGCUGCUGCUGCGGCGGUGGAGGAGGAGGAGGAAUUGUGGGGGAUGAGGCUCAAUGCCGGAGAUGUUUUGGCCGACGAGCUGAUGACGUGGAGCACCGUUUGGUUGCCUUCAUGUUGGGACGUGGAGUUUGUUGAGAAAAACUAUGGAGUUUUGUUCGAAUAUGUUGUGUGGGACGAUGAUCUUUGGAAUUUGAAUACUUCCACUCAACUUUCUCCUUUAAAUAAAUAACAUAAGACAAGUUUGAAGUCGGGGGGGAUCCUUUGGUUUUUGGGAUUCAGGGUUUUUCAAUAAUCAGCUCGGUUAUUGUUUUUUUUUUCUUUUUCGGUUUUAGUAUAUAUGAACCAUGUUAUAAUUAAAACUAGUUGUUUUGAUUUGGUAUGAUUUCACUUUAAGUUAAGAGAUCAAGACUUUUUGUUUUGCUUUGUGGUCGAAGAGUUUAAGGCCAUGAGUUUUUUAUAGAAAAAUAUCCUUAAUUUGAGGAUUUUUUGUAUAAGGUAAAAUCAAGUUGGUUGUA